AUGAACAACUCCACGAUUGAGCAAACAUCAUCAAUGGUGGAUGGUCCCUUGUUUGUGUCGAUGAUUGUCAUCAAUGCUUUCAGUGCUGUCUUGGCGACUGUUUUGAACCUCUUGAUCAUUGUGACUUUUGUCAAGACGCCAUCUUUGCGAACACCUUCGAACAUUCUUAUUCUUAGUUUGGCCAUCACAGACUUUUGUGUUGGUGCUUUGGUGCAGCCUGCUUACACUGCAUUACUUUUUGCAGUUAUGACUAACGACACGGUUGUAUAUCAAAGUGUUCAUAAAGUAUUAGAUCCAGCUUUCGUGAUUUUGAUUUGGGCAUCAAUUUUGACAAUAACUUUCAUUACUGUCGACCGAUUCCUUGCUCUUCACUUACAUCUAAGAUACCAAGAACUUGUCACAACAAAGCGUAUAUCAAUGGUGGUAUUUAUGAUCUGGGCAUUCAGUGUGCUGUGGACAUGCCUGUUUGUUCUCUUGGGAAAAGUGACUGUCGUAAUUUCGCAUAUUGAUAAUUUUUUAUUUCUUUCCAUUUUGGUACUUACCAUUUCUCUGAUGUUGAAAAUAUCUUUCUUUAUUCGUCAACAUGCAGCGCAAAUUCAAGUUCAACAGCAGGCAAUGAACGCACAGCCUGGUGCAGCAGGGAACAUUAAGAGAUCUGUGAAUGUAAUGUAUUAUAUACUGGGAACAUUUUUCCUGUGUUAUUCCCCGUCCAUUGUUAUUUGGAUUAUGGAAACUUUUAUGUCGAAAUUGGAGAUUUCGAUUUUGGUUCGAUCCAUUCUCUUUAUGAACAGCAGUAUCAAUCCAAUCAUUUAUUUCUGGAGAAUAUCAGACAUGCGAAAUGCUGCUCUUCAAUUGUUGCGAUCCAUUCGAAGAACCAACAACAACCACAACCACAACAAUAACAACAACAAUUAUAACAACAAUGACAACAACAACAACAACAACAACAACAAUACCAACAAUAACAAUAGCAGAGAUAGCAAUGGUUAAAACUCAAAGGGGCAAAACGUUUGAGUGACACGUCAUCUCAAAGUUAUGACUUUUUUAACCAACAAACAUUGUUUCCCUGUCAGUGCACAAAGGUAAACAUGCUCUAAAAGGACAAUUUUGGGGUUAUUUCCCGAUUCUGUAUCGUUUUGGUGCAAAACCACAGGUUCCUUGCACAACCUGUUUUCUAAACGCAAGAAGGGCUAUUGCAAUAAUUUUAGUUGGCUAAGUAAAUUCAGAAUGGUUGGUCUUUUAGUAUGUAGAGUACUUGAAUAUACGAUAAUUUCAUUCGAAUGUACAUAAAUUACUAUUUUGUGUAUUUUACACAAAGCACACACUUAAGGUAGCUCCAUAUAGUAUUUUUUAAACGUAAGGAAAUGGGCUCUAUUUUUGAUAGUGACGCGAGCUUUUAAAGACAAAACCAAUAAAAUCGACCAUUCGAAAUUACUACAGUCCACGCGCAUGCGCAGAAGCAGAUCUUGAAGAAUUUUUUUGAUUAAAUUGAGAUAAAGCAAAUUCUUCAUUUAGCAAGUUUAUAAAAAAAUUCCCCGCGAACAACGCACUCGUUGAAUAUUAUUUUAUUAUAGAAAUGCGAUAAUAUUAGUAUGUAGUGUUGCUAUGGUUAAAAUUCGACUCAUAACGUUUGGCUUUUUUCAAGCAAUUAAAGUUAAUCUUGACCAACUUCCAUAGCAAUACAUACAUACACUAUGAUUUACUCGUACUGCGUUUUAUGCAAGUAAUAAUCCAGUUUCGAAUUCUCCAAUGCUCUGUG